AUGGCCAUGGAGACAGAAACACAACCAGGAAUGACACUUUGGGCUUGUGGCUUCAAUGCUUUCUCUCAACUAACAGAGAAGGAGCUGGGUUCUGAAGAAGAGAAACUGGGCCAAGAAGAUCUCAGAAAAUGGUCGCGAAUAUUUACCUCAAAAGACAUUGACUUUUUCUAUGGGGACUUUUCUAGUACUUCAUGUGAGUUGUGGUUUAUUUUUCCUGUUGGAUUUAUGAUUUGGUUGAUUACCAACCUGGAAGUGCUCCGAAUGAUAUCCUCCCCCCACAGCAGUAUCAAGAUUUCUCGUCUUUUUGGGUGACGGGUCCAAUGGGUUUCCAGACCAUCCAGUCUCGAUUGGGUAGUAAAAUUUGAAGAUAUAGUGAAUUCAUCUGUCAACUAUGUUUCUCUUUUCCACCCUUGAACAGAUACGGACAACCGAGUUCUCCAGUCUUAAGAACACAAACCCGAUCCUAGAUGUCAUCUCUCACCUUCCCAGCUCAUUUCAUUUUCCCAAAACCCCCAUCUUCAAACAACCUCCCAAUCUUCUCCCAAAAGAAAACCAAUUAUUCAACCCCCAACUAACAACAAACCACAGUCUUCACCUCCACCUCAUCCACGCUCGAACACCAAUAUCUCGGCCUCCCCACCCCCCAAAACAAAGCCCGAGAUACCGUCCACAUCGACCACAGCACCCAAUUACACAACCCACAACACCUACCAUUCCCCAGCCCGUCCCCCAAACCACGCCAACUAGCAACCAUCUCCUCCGGAGCCCUCGCCCUCAUCCCCUCCUUCAACCAAAAAGCAAUCUGGAUAUACAACAACCCUAUCCCCUCCCAACCCCCAACAUCUCGAUUCGCCUUCCCCACAGCCGUGACAUCCAUCGUCGGCAACCUGGCCGCCUUUCAUGUUCUGACGGAGGAUGGGGUAGUCUACAGUCUAGGGGAUGCUCGAUUCCCCGCUUUACUAGGACGAGAGGUAAUAGAGUCGAGACCGGCAUCAAACCCCUUUGAAAUACCCGAUUUGAUCGAUCUCCCCACUGGCCCAAUAACGAAAAUCGCCUCUGGGGGGACAUUGACAGCUGCCAUCACCGCCGGGAAUGACCUUUAUAUCUGGGGUCAGGUUCCAUUAUCCGCUCUCAACUCUAGCUCUGGAUACUUCCUCCCUUUCUUUGAUCAUGGGGAUGGAGAGAUGGAACAUGUAGGUGAAGGUGUUAUAUCGGUGGAUAUCUAUGGGUUGGAUGUGAUUGAUGUUGCGGUUGGGAGGGACUAUAUGCUUGCUGUGACUACGGAUGAAGAAGGGGAUGAGAGGAAGGUUUGGGGGAUUGGGUCUAAUGCCCAUGGUCAGUUGGGGCUGGGUGAUGUGGAGGGUGUUAGAGAGUGGGUUGAAAUGAGUCUCAAGGGGUUAGGGAGAGGGGUUAUCAAGGGGGUUUGGACGGGGUAUGAGAACUCGUUUUUGGUGGUCGGUGAUGGACAAAGGGAAAAUAACUCCUAA